AUGUUCGAUAUACGAGAAGAUGAAAAUUAUGACCCUGCAUUCAGGUUCAAUACUUUUAAAAAAAGUGCAAAUUCAUCUCAACAACAUAUACGAAACAAUAGAUCUGCCUUAGGAGAUGUCACUUCCCAAGUAGCUAACAGACAACAACGGAACACCACUGACGGUAAACGCAAUAAUUACCACAAUUUGAAAAAUGGUAAUCCUCAUUAUAGCAAGUUUGCUUCCAAAUAUAUCAAUCAAUAUUAUGAAAAUAAAGAACCGGCCGCCAUUAAUGAUAAUAAUAUUCGAACAACUAAUAAAGUUAAUAUACAAUCAACAACCAAAUUGGAUAACAACAAUGUUAACACAACAAAACAACAAAAUUCUGAAAUUGACAGAACAGAUGAUAACAAAAGUGAUGACAUAAUACCUCUACUGCCGAUAUAUAAUGAAGAAAUUACGAGGGCACUACAAAUUGCAUAUUCAGCAUAUUAUAAUGAUUUGCCUGAUAAUACAGAUGCGGACACAUAUGACAUUGCCAUGGUAACUGAAAACUCCAAUGACAUUUUCACAUAUAUGAGAGAUUUAGAGUUGAACUUGAGACCAAAUCCACAUUAUAUGGAUGUACAACCUCAUUUAAAGUGGUCCUAUAGAGCCACUUUAAUUGAUUGGAUUGUCGAGGUACAUUUAAAGUUUCAACUAUUACCUGAAACUUUAUUUUUGACGAUAAAUUUGAUCGAUAGAUUCCUUUCUAAAAAAUUGGUUACAUUAAAUAAAUUCCAAUUAGUUGGAGCUUCUGCUUUAUUUAUAGCAGCAAAAUACGAAGAAAUUAAUUGUCCAACUUUAAAAGAUAUGAUUUAUAUUCUCGAUAACCUGUACACAAGAGAAGAACUUUUAGAAGCAGAAAAAUUUAUGAUUGAUUCAUUAGAAUUUGAAAUUGGAUGGCCUGGACCCAUGUCUUUCCUACGAAGAAUUAGUAAAGCUGAUGAAUACGAGUACAAUACAAGAACUUUAGCAAAAUAUCUACUAGAAACAACAAUAAUGGAUCCAAAAUUAUGUUCAUCUCCAACAAGUUGGUUAGCAUCAGGUGCAUAUUAUUUAAGUAAAAUCAUUCUAGGUGAUAAUGAUUGGUCUUUAAAACAUGUUUACUAUUCAGGAUACACCCAGGAUCAAUUGAUACCGUUGGUAAGUUUAAUUAUUGAUAAUUGUAGAAUCCCGAAUAUUAAUCAUCCAGCUAUUUGGGAGAAAUAUUCUAGUCGUCGUUAUCAUCGAUCUUCUCAAACAGUAAUUAAGUGGAUCAAAGCUGCAGAUGAAAAAGUUAAUAGUUAA